UAUGGGCACAGAUGAAAGAUUUAGCAAACUCUUUAACCAAAACGGAUUAACCAUUGCGGUGGUGAAGAAGGCUCUUGAAGUCUAUGAAGGCUUCAAAGGUGUGAAUGUUUUGGUUGAUGUGGGCGGAGGAGUUGGUAACACUCUUGGUGUUGUUACUUCAAAGUAUCCUAAUAUUAAGGGUAUCAAUUUUGAUAUAACUUGUGCCUUGGCACAAGCACCUUAUAUCCCUGGAGUGGAACAUGUUUCCGGAGAUAUGUUUGUAGAUGUUCCAACCGGUGAUGCCAUGAUCUUAAAACAUAUACUUCAUGAUUGGACCGACGAAGACUGUAUCAAGAUUCUUAAAAAUUGUUGGAAAUCACUACCGGAGAACGGUAAAGUUGUUGUCAUAGAGUUAGUCACUCCUGAUGAUGCGGAAAAUGGAGACAUCAAC